CCACAGUGUAGCGUAUAGCCGGUGUAUUGAGACGGUUAGCGGCUAGUGCAGUGGAGAUCCAAGCUUCUAUAACGCCACACCUACUGGAGAAUCCGAGAAGGACUAAUAACCCUCCCCCUCGUGGUUACACAGCCCCUUCGUGUUGUUCUUCUCAAGACUGUUUUGUUCUACCAUCGAAACCACCAUACUGCCCUGCACCAGAGACCUUGUUUGGAUAUGGGACUAAUGCAUUUGCCCCAAUGAAUUUCUAAAAGGUUACAUUGCUGUUUCGAUUCGCGAAUUUGGAACCCGUUUAUGCAGAGAGAUAAUGGGGUGCUGUUCAGGACGAUGUACGCUGAUUUUCAUCUGCACUCUCCAAUUGAUAACAGCACUGGAGAGGCAGGCCUUUGACUUCCUUGGGUACCAGUGGGCUCCCAUUACGGUCAACUUCCUGCACAUAAUCAUGGUCAUCCUUGGACUGUUUGGCACCAUUCAGUACAGAGCACGCUACGUUGUUCUAUACCUGGUGUGGACAUUAAUAUGGGUGGCGUGGAAUGUCUUUGUGAGCUGUCUCUACUUGGACCUGGGGGGCCUUUCCAUGGAGAGUGAUCUGUUAUCUCUGGGUGUGUCUUCACAUCGUUCUUGGUGGAAAGACAAUGGGCCAGGCUGUGAUGACAGGGACUUUCCCACCAAUAGAUGGCAGAGUCUGGAGAGCCCAGAACUCAUCUCUGCUCGGGGAUGUUGGCUGGAAUAUCAAUACAUAGAGGUCUUACACUGCACUGUUCAACUCAUCAUCUCUCUCUUGGGAUUCGUCUACGCCUGUUAUGUGGUCACAACCUUCAGCGUGGAGGAGGGCAGCUACUGCAAGUAAAGCGUUCCAAGUAGUUUAAACAAGGAUGGGCAAUAACGGGGAAGUAUGAGUGGAAUACCGCUAAAACAGAAGACAUUCCCACAUGUCUCACAAAACAUAAAUACUCUGUCAAUCAGCAGUCUUAAUUCUUACAAAUGUUCACCUGCAGCAGCUCUCUGUUCAAUGUGGUUCUACUAAAUACUAGCCCCUGAUCUUUUUUUUUUGCUUUUAUCUGUUACAUUCUCCUUGUCAUCACUUGUUUAUCUGGAGAAGUCUGUAAGGAGUUCACGAGAGAAAAUAAAUAUUCUUGCAAGGUUAGUUGAAUUGACUUACACUCAGAAUCCAGCUGAUGCUGAAUACAUAACCUGUCAGUGUACAGGGAAUGGUGUGACAGAAUGGUGUACUGUAAAAAUAUGCAUUCAUGCAAAAAGUAUAUUGACCAAAUCUACAAUUGUUUGUUAUUCAUUGAAGUAAAUGGGAGCUAUGCUCUAAAAUGUAUCACAUACAAAUGAUGAUUUAUGAAUGUAUCUGUAAAUAAUCUUAAAUAUUGGGAAAGUAUUUAAUGCCAGUUGAUGUAAAAGAAAAUCAUAAUCUUUAAGAUAUUAAGCUGAAAGCAUCUAAUUGUUAAGGCCUACCUAUGAAUUUUUAUUCAUUACAUGGAUUUAUGUAACAUACUUCUAGCCAAUGUGUGCAUAUAUGUUUUGUUUCAGGUUCUAAUUUAUUUGCCUUCUGAUAAAAAAUAAUGAUGUGAAUAUUUUUGGU